CCUCCAUUCUUCCAUUUUAUAUCGCCUCAAAUAAAAAAAGAAGAAGAGGAUAAAUUCUACAGUAAAAUAAUAAUUCUUGUUGGUUUUCCAUGGAAAUCCCUCCAAAGAAACCUCACUUUUUCAAACCUAUUCUGCCUGGUUUCAAGAAUGGCCUUAAAGUACCUAUUGGUUUCUUGAAGUAUUUGAAGGGACAUGGCCAUGUUGAACAUGUUGUACUGAAAAGGGCAGGCAAGAAGUGGUUAGUGAAGCUGAACGGACGACGAUUCGAAGAUGGUUGGGAAAAGUUUGCAGAGGAACAUGAUUUGCAGUUGGGAAAUAUGUUGAUUUUCAGACAUGAAGGAGACAUGGAUUUUCAUGUUUCCAUAUUUGAUUCAACUCAUUGUGACACAGAAUAUGCAGAGUAUUUGCAAGAAAAAAAGAUAGAAAAACCGAAGCCCAACGUCAUGUCAUCAAACAAGGCUGGUCCCAGUAUUGUAGAAACUGUUAAGGGCUUGCAUCUCAGUCACUCUCAAUUUGUUUGUACCAUGAAAUCAUAUAACCUUGCAAAGAGUUUUCUGUGUGUUCCAAGACCAUUUGCACAGUUAAACGGUCUCAGGAACAGAAGAUGUACGAUAAUGAUAAAUGACAAGCAAAGGUCAUGGACGUUUAGUCUAUAUUCCCUUGGUAAUAUCACCUACAUUGGAGGUGGAUGGCGUAACUUCUGUGUUGCAAAUUGCUUAAAGGAAGGAGAUCGCCUAAUGUUUGAGAUAGUCAUCAAUGGGGAGAAGCCUAUGUUGAAGUUUCGAGAUCCGAGAGGAAAUUUGUCACUCCAUCCAAAAGGAAAGACGACUAAUUUGGGAACUGAUAAAGUUUCCACUCAAGUAGAUCCAAAAGGAAAUGAGUCACUCCAGCCCGAAAGAAAGAAGACUAAUUUGGAUACUUAUAAAGUUUCCACUCGAGAAAAAACAAAUCCCAAAGCAUCACGCAAGGUUUUUCCCAAUGUAGAAGUUGUUACGAACAUGCCUCAUUUCAUUUGUACCAUGAAAUCCUAUUAUCUUUCUAAGAAUUUUCUGCCAUUUCCAAAUCCAUUUGCACGGUUAAACGGUCUCAGGAACAGGAAAUGUACAAUAAUGAUAAGAGACGAGCAAGGGUCAUGGAUGUUUAGUCUAUAUUCGAGUGGCAGACACACGUACAUUGGAGGCAGAUGGCGUGACUUCUGUGCUGCAAAUUGCUUAAAGGAAGGAGAUCGUCUAAUGUUUGAGAUAGUCUCCAAUGAAAAGAAGCCUAUAUUGAAGUUUCGAGAUAUGCGAGGAAACACAUCACUUCAGACCGAAGGAAAGAAAACUAAUCUUGAUGCUACUACAAGAAUUUCCAAUCAAGGCCUCAAGAUUGAAAACUCGGAUAUACUUGGAUGACCAUAUAAGUUAUUAACUCGACUAGUACUUCCGUUGUGAUUAUUUCCUUACUUCCCUUUGUUUUCGCGAUCUUCCUCUUUCUAUUUUAAUAGUGAAAGUAUUGCUAUGCACGCUAUGAAAGCGUUCUGAGAUUCUUGAAAAUGUAUUUCAAUAACUUUAAUUUUGCUAUGAACGAAAUUAUGCAGGUAAAUAUUCUGAAAAAGUUAAUGAAGUAAUUGGUGAUGGACAGACAAGGGAAACGACCAUGCAGAAUAUGAUGUUUUUGGAUCUAUAUGUUAUAUGUAGUAAAUAUAUGUUCCUCUCUUGUUAUAAUGCUUCUAUCUGUUAUUAAUGUUUUCGUUUUCAUACGUAGUUUCUAUUGCCUGAAUUUCUAAAAAUACUAGACGUGAAUUUCACCGUUUUA